AACUUCUCGUUAAACCCCAAACCCUACGCGUUAGCUGAAUGCUAAGAAGUGAAGCGCAAUGCAAACUGUGUAAGUUGCAAAGCUUUAUUUAUCUACAUUCAUUAAUAUGGUACAUCUCUGUUGAUUUCUCCCAUGGCGUUCCUCGCUUCAAAAUUCGUACACCAAUCCACUCUUCAUCUUCGUCUCACUCCCUUCCAAUAUCUUCGUAAGGUUGUGCCGAAAUCUUUUGUUGCGGUUGAGGCAUCUGAGAAUUUCACGAACCAAAAUGAUAACGGAUCAAUUCGUGAAGAAGGAAAUAAGAAGGUCCCUGAAUGGAAGAGGAUAGGUUCCAAAGAGCUUGGAGUUCAUAAUUCUUCCAUUGGAGUCACUAUCAAGAAGGUUCUUAACGGCCUGAAGAAAAGGGGAUAUGAUGUAUACCUUGUAGGAGGUUGUGUACGGGAUCUUAUUCUAAAGCAAACACCAAAGGAUUUUGAUAUUAUAACUUCAGCAGAGUUAAAAGAGGUGAUGAAAGUAUUUUCCUGGUGUAAGAUAGUUGGCAGACGUUUCCCUAUAUGCCAUGUUCACAUGGAUGGUACCAUUGUCGAGGUGUCAAGUUUUAACACUGCCAGAUGCAAGAAGAGUGUCGAAUUCUCUCAUCAUAGACAAGCACCCAAUGAUUGUGAUGAGAAGGACCUUCUUCGGUGGAUGAAUUGUUUAAACCGGGACUUCACAAUUAAUGGGUUGAUGCUUGACCCAUAUGCAAGAAUUGUUUAUGAUUACAUGGGAGGAAUAGAAGAUCUUAGAAAAGCUAAAGUACGAACUAUAAUUNNUGCUGAUAUUUCAUUUCAGGAGGAUUGUGCUCGCAUUCUACGUGCAAUUAGAAUUGCUGCUCGCCUAGGAUUUAGUAUUUCUAAGGAAACAGCACAUUUUGUUAAAAAUCUGUCUUCUUCAGUAUUAAAACUUGAUAAGAAUAGGCUCCUAAUGGAAAUAAAUUAUAUGCUAGCUUAUGGUUCCGGUGAAGCUUCUUUGAGGCUAUUAUGGAAAUUUGGACUGCUAGAUAUACUUCUUCCCUUCCAGGCUGCUUAUUUUGCUCAUCACGGGUUUCGAAGGAGGGACAAAAGAACCAAUAUGCUUUUGUCUCUCUUCUCCAAUUUAGAUAAGCUUUUGGCUCCAAAUCGUCCAUGUCAUAGUAGCUUAUGGUUUGGGAUCCUAGCAUUACAUAAAGCAUUGAGUGAUCGACCAAGGGACCCCUUGGUGGUUGCUGCAUUUAGCCUUGCAGUCCAUAAUGGUGGAAAUUUGUUGGAAGCAGUGAACAUAGCAGGGAUGAUUAACAAACCGCAUGAUAUGAGAUUUCCUGAACUAUUAGAUCCUUCAGGUUUGGAUACAGAGGCAUUGGAAGCUGGCGUUAGGGAUCUCGCAGAGUCUGUUAGAGGGACAUUGUUGCAAAUGACUGAUGAGCAUUUUGUAUCUCAGGCUAUGGCUGACUAUCCUCAAGCCCCUAAUUCAGACCUAGUGUUCAUUCCAUUAGGAUUGUACGUAAAAGCAUUCAGCAUUUUUGAAUCUGUGAAAAGGAGCGCUAAUAGGAAAUGUUUGUCAAAGCAAGGGAUGAAAAUUGAUUAUGAGUCCUUAGCUGAUGGUAAUUUACAAGAAAUAAGACACGUUUUUGCAAGAAUUGUAUUUGAUACCGUGUUCCCACUUCACCAAGAUCAGGACCAGUCAUUAAAGAGCAGCUGGGUUCCACAGGGAGGCUAGUUUGAAGGUUUAUUAGAAAUUAUGUGAAAAAAACACUUACUGAAAUAACCAUUCUAUCGAGGGGAAUAGUUCUGAUGAUAGUGAGAGUAAAUUGGUGGAAGGUCUAAUUCCAGCUCUGAGAGGUACUUGCAAGAAAUAUCAUCAAUUUGUUUUUCAUCAACACUUCAGAGGAAUGGUACUACCCUACUCUGCUAUUCAAUGCAUUUAACUCAGAAGCUACAUAGCCAACGGAUAAUGGAGGAAGAUCAUAUUUAUCACAAAAGAGCUGCCCUGCACCCCAAAAUCCGUCGUUCUUCAGUUUUGGCGUGUAAUGUUAAAUCUCAUUAUAAUUAAUUAUUAUUUUAGUGGAAGAAUAGGUUUUUGCUUUCUUUCAUGAAUUUAUCGAUGUGUGAAACAAUUUUUUAGGGUUUUUUUGGUAAAGAAUUCUGUAAAUGGCUGAUACGGGGACAUCUAAUUUUUGAGAGAUCAAUUUAGUGAAGUAUGAUUUUUUUGACA